AUGAAUAUGUUGUUGAUGCACAAAAUAUAUCUUUUAUCAUUUCGUCUAGUAUUGUUAUUGCUCUGCUUCCAUCCUCUCACCACUGUAGCUGCCGACGACAAUUUCACCACCGGAGGCAUUGACGGGUGGUGCGACCAAACUCCUUACCCUGAUCCAUGCAAAUGCUACUUCAGAAACCACAAUGGUUUCCGGCUUCCGACACAGCUAUCCGAGUUCCGAAUAAUGCUGGUGGAAGCAACCAUAGAUCGGGCUAUAUCCGCCCGGGACGAGCUGACUCAGUCCAGCCGCAACUGCACAGAUUGCCGGAAGCAAGCCGUUUUAGCUGAUUGCAUUGACCUAUAUGGAGACACGAUUGUGCAGCUAACCCGGACGCUGGAGGGAGUAUCUCCAAAAGCCGGUACGAAGAAAAGGUGUACCGACUUUGACGCUCAGACUUGGCUGAGCACCGCACUUACUAAUACCGAGACUUGUCGACCCGGCUCUUCCGAUUUCAACGUCUCAGAUUUCAUCACACCAAUCGUAUCAAACACAAAAAUCUCCAACCUUAUAAGCAACUGCUUAGCGGUCAACGGAGGCCUCUUACCAACCGGAAGCAAUAGCACCACCACUGCUGGUGGGAAGGGUUUUCCAACGUGGGUUUCCGGUAAAGAAAGGAGGCUUCUACAAUUAAAAUCCGCGCGGGCUGUACCAGCUAAUCUCGUAGUGGCCAAAGACGGAUCGGGACAUGUCACAACGGUGCAAGCGGCUAUAGACCUGGCUGGACGGAGAAAGGUGACGUCAGGAAGGUAUGUGAUAUACGUGAAGAGAGGAAUAUAUCAAGAAAACAUAAACGUACGUCUCAAUAACGAUAAUGUAAUGUUGGUCGGAGAUGGAAUGAGAUCCACCAUUAUCACCGGUGGUCGUAGUGUCAAAGGUGGUUACACCACUUACAAUUCCGCCACUGCCGGUAUAGAAGGACUUCACUUCAUAGCCAAAGGCCUAACAUUCCGGAACACGGCUGGUCCAGACAAAGGCCAGGCCGUGGCACUCCGGUCAUCCUCAGACCUCUCAAUCUUCUACAAAUGCUCAAUUGAAGGAUACCAAGACACAUUAAUGGUACAUUCCCAACGGCAAUUUUACCGUGGCUGCUACAUUUAUGGAACCAUAGAUUUCAUAUUUGGAAACGCAGCCGUUGUUUUCCAAAACUGUCUCAUCCUCCCUCGCCGCCCGCUCAAGGGUCAGGCCAAUGUAAUAACCGCACAAGGUCGUGCUGAUCCAUUUCAGAACACAGGGAUCUCUAUACAUAACUCAAGAAUCCAACCCGCCCCCGAUCUAAAACCGGUGAUCCGUACUGUUAAGACGUACAUGGGGCGGCCUUGGAUGAAGUACUCACGCACCGUGGUUCUUAAGACGCAUUUAGAUAGUUUCGUGAGUCCGUUGGGUUGGUCACCGUGGAAUGAAGGUUCGGUUUUCGGUUUAGACACGCUUUUCUAUGCUGAAUAUAAGAAUACCGGACCAGCUUCAUCCACUACGUGGCGUGUUCGUUGGAAAGGGUUUCAUGUGUUGAAUACAGAUUCUGAUGCAUCCGCUUUCACUGUUGGAAGAUUCAUUGCAGGUACAGCAUGGCUGCCGCACACAGGCGUACCCUACACUUCCGGGCUCUAA